GCCCCCAGUUUCAACAUUCCUUUGAGGAGAGUGCCUCUGAAAAAGAAGUCAGGGGCUGCCGCUGGCUCGACCAGCGAUAAUGUCAAUGACUCGACCAGCUCCGGCGGACCUCGGCCAGAGCCGCAACAGCCAUCAUCCUCACAACAAACUCCACCGCCUCCUCCCCGAUCACCUUCACUGCAAACUCCUCCUCCUCCGCCGCCGCCCAAGGGUGCCCCACAGCAGCAGCAACAGAAACAACAACAACAACAACAACAACAGCAACAGCAACAGAAACAACCUCAACAACAGCAGCAACAGCACCCGCACAAAUCCGCUUCUCAAUCGACCACUCAGUCCUCGACCUCUUCCAAGGUCGACGAUCGUCAGAAGACUGCUGACCGUCAACAGAGAUCUGGCGACCAUCCGAAGUCCACUGACCGUCACCACCGGGUCGACGAUCGUCCCGUAAGAACCGACGACCGUCAGAAGGUCGACAACCGUCAUAAAAUCGACCACCAGGCUCCCCCUCCUAAGGACUCCAAUUCUUCCAAGACCCUGGUUCCAGGAAAACCCCCUCUCGACCAGCAAUCCCUUAGGACCCAGUCCACCGGCUCGACCAAGACGCUGGUUGAGACUGGCGAUAAAGCUGAUACCGUGCUGGGGAAGCGGCCCCGCACCGAACAAGGUGCGGUCGUCUGGAAGCGGGGUCGUGACA